GCUCUGCAGCGGGUAGUUCACUUGCCGUUGAGCUGCUGUAACUACACAUAAACGUCAGCCAUGGCUCACUUCACGUUUCUCUUUCUUCUGUUAGUCGGAGUCACAGUGAGCACACGGGUGGAUCUGCAGAAGCGAAUCGUUGGCGGUGAACCAUGUGAGCGUCAGUACCAUGUGAAACUGAGAGCGGCUGCUGGCGGAUCCUCCAACCUGUGCGGUGGCUCUCUGAUCGGGGACCGCUGGGUUCUGUCUGCGGCUCACUGUUUGAAGCCAGGAAGUACUAUGUAUGCAGAAUUGGUUAUGCAUCCAGGGGAUCGAGCAGAAGAAUUACAAAUCACAGCAGAAGCUGUCAUCUACACAGACAAAGAACACAGGGCCCAUGAUAUCAUGCUGCUGCAGCUCCCCAAAUCCUCUGCUGUUCCACCUGUUGCUCUCCCUGACUGCGGAUAUCAUCCUGAAAUGCUUGAGAUCGCAGGUCACGCAGCCACUACAGGGGGCCCUGGGGAUAAAAGGGAACCCAGUGCAUCCUCUGACCUCCACUGUGCAGACACUAACGUUGUUCCUUGUGAAGACCUCAGAAAUACUUUGCAGAAGGAUUUCCCAAAGGUCUACCAAGUCAAAGUGUAUCAACACUGGUUCUGCGGCCAAACACCUGCCAAGGAUAUAUGUUAUGGAGAUUCUGGAGGAGGAGCUGUGUACAAAGACAAGAUCCAAGACAAGAUUUAUGGCGUCAUUUCUUUUCUGGGUGAUCCGAACUUUGUAUGCAGAAAAGCUGCGGCAUUCAUGGACCUCUGCAAUCCAGAAUAUGAUGCAUGGAUCAGAAAAACCAUUGCCUGAGAAGUG